UUACGUGCGCUACGCGUUUUUCUGAUUUAAAAACCUUCAAGAAUCAUAUUUGAAGAGUUUAAGAUUUUUGUUAUUUUUGCUUUCGCAUAAAUAGUUGUGUGUAUGUGAUCCAGUAAAAUCUUUUCUAAACAAACGUUUAACUUAUUUGCAUAAAAGAUUGAAGCGAAGCAUUUUAUUUUUGUCUCUGCGUUGUGCAUGCAGUGUUACCUAAACAACGCAUUAAGAAAUUAUCAUAAUUUAAUUUUGAAAAGGACGAGGAGAGGUCGGCAGUUUUAGGAUAUGGAAAAUGUUGUUCCAGUUGCUGCUGCUACCGCUGCUGCUGCACAACCCGGAUCCAAAAAGAGUUCAACUACACUUUCGGUGGAUAGGGCGGCGUUUUUAUUGCUACGUGUCAAAAAGGCAUUCAAGAGGAAACGUCAACAACGUAAAGAAAAACAAAAUCAAGCUUUAAAUGCAACGCAUACCACAUCGAAUCGUACGAAUCGAAAAGCACCUCCGCCACUGUUACGUUCACGUACUUUACCUGCAAUUAUAGUGCCUGCCCCGCCGGUAUUAUCGCUGCAUCCUGAAAAAUCGCAGUAUCAUUGGGAUGAGCAACCGAGGAUUACAAAUGUAAAACAAACAAAUAGUAGCGGAAAUCGUUGGUCUUUAGUGAACCGCAAUAUAAACGCGACAACACCAGUCUGGCACAAUAAUAAUAAUAAUAAUUUUAACAAUAAUAAUAACAACAACAACAACACGUUAAGCAUAAAAUCUCUUAAUUUGCCUAAAGAUGAUGCCACGUUAGCUUAUCGUCGCAAAUCGUCUGGCAGUACACCGCAUAACGUAGGCGGCGGUGUGAUGACGGUUGGCCAACAGCAAAAACCUUACGGAGGUAGCGGUGGGGCUUUACAAACACCCGAUGCCUUAACAACAACAACUUUAUCAGCGUAUGCCUCAUCAGGUUCAGAUGACUUUGAAUGUUAUGCGGCUGACGGUUCAGUAUUGUUGAGAAUUCCAUCGCCACAUGUUGUAGCUGCACGUGCUUAUCGGCUGGCCACUAAAAAGCGUACGGGCAACGACAAUGAUAACACUUGUGUUGGUAUAAUAGGGAAUGCCUCCAAACAUACUCAUACACGCUCUUCUGGCGAGAAUACACCUACACUAGAAAAUUGCGGCAUUGAUGGUAGUUUCUUCAAUAAUACGUUCAACGUUGCAACUAAUCAAGCAGGCACUGCUAGCACGUCGAGUACGGCUCUUACGCGGCGCUUAGCUAAAUUACUUCAUCAAACCGGCACUAGUACGAUAACGAAGUCACAACAGCAACCACAGCAAGUGCAACAAUGUGUAGAAAGAAAUGCAUUAUUAACAGCUUCCACUUUGACAGCAUCCAACUAUUGUAAUGAAGAUGCCCCCAGGCGUUUAUCCUGGGAAAGACGCAAAGACAGUAGUGCUUUGCAACGUUCAGCAAGUAUUGAUUCUUUUGCGGAAAUAGUUUGGAGCGAUUGUUCGCCGCGACCCUCUCUUGAUAUACGAGGACCGGUUGCACCGUUCAGCAAACGUCCCUCAGCCAGUAGUCUGUUCAGCACAUGCAGCUCAACGUCGCAAGGCGCUCAGUUGAAUAUCAAUUAUGUUGUUGGCGCGGGUAAUGAAUUAAUUCACGGUAGCGGUGGCAACGUUAAUGCAAUCAGUGGCACCAACAGUCGACGUGAAAGCUUGUUAAGCCCAUCGGCCACAAGACGCAACAAGUUAACAAGAAUCAUAAAUGCAUUCAGUAAUCAAUGCUGUAACUCUAAAACAUUGCAGUACUCUUAA